AUGUCAAGCGCAUUGUCGAACUCUCUAGCUGAGGCUAAGCUGGUACCCGGUUCAGCUGCCAGCUUAAUCCCCGAAGGCUUCAAGCCUACGACGAAUCUCAAGGUCUCGUUCGAUGGGAAGGACGUCGACUUGGGGAACCUCUUCCGCGCGACUGAGUGCAAGCGCGCUCCUAGUAUCCAGUUUGACCAAGAACCUGAUGCUCCUGGAGAUGCAACCUACAUGCUCUUGCUUGUCGACCCUGACGCACCAACACCAGAUGACCCCAAGUUCGCCUUCUGGCGCCACUGGGUUCUCCCUGGCUUAAGGCCUUUGAGUGGUGGAGAUGCGGUGGCUCAAGUGCAGCCUGCUCUCACAGAAUACUUGGGCCCUGGCCCGAAGGAUGACUCUAAGCCGCACAGAUACUUGCUUCUUCUGUACCGACAACCAGCCAGCCUUGACCUUACCAAGGAGGAUGUAGGAGGCGAAGAGUUCACGCAAAGAAGGUCUUUCGACACUGCCAAGUUUGUUGAGAAGAAUGGACUACGACUUGUGGCCGCCAACUGGUUUCUAGGUGCUGGAGAUGGCUGGAAAGAGUAA